AUGGAGCAUCCAUCAGCUGGGCAAGAUAGUCCCCCACAAGAAGAAAUAUUCACUCUUGGAAGACGAGGGACGAUUAUCUUUGUAGCUCUUGCAGUUUUGACUCUCAUGGUCGCGCUCGAUGGUACUUCUAUAUCGCUCGCACUACCCGCUAUGUCGAGUGAGCUCGGUGGUACAACCAUUGAAGCAUACUGGAGCGGAACAUCUUUCUUACUUACUUCCACUGUGUUCCAGCCGACAUUUGCUUCUCUGUCCAACAUCUUUGGCCGAAAGUCAAUAACCUUCAUAGCCUUAGCAGUCUUCCUUGCUGGUACAGUUGUUGCUUCAGUGAGCCAUAACUUUACAGAAAUGCUCAUUGGUCGAUCUAUCCAAGGUGUUGGAGGCGGCGGUCUGAUUGCAUUGUCCGAGAUUAUCCUCACUGAUCUCGCACCUCUUCGAGUUCGUGGUCUGUACUUUGGAUACCUUGGGGCAGCAUGGAGUAUAGGGUCUAUCAUUGGUCCACUGCUGGGAGGUGGCUUUGCCCAAAACGUUACCUGGAGAUGGAUUUUCUACAUAAACCUUCCUCUUAUUCUCAUCACAGCGGUUUUACUCUUCUUUUACCUCAAGCUUGAAAUACCCAAAGAUGGUCUUUCACGAAAGCUUCGUCACAUUGAUUACUACGGCACCUUCUUGCUUGUGAGUAGCCUCACUUCAACCCUCAUACCUCUGACGUGGGGCGGGGUCCAAUAUCCUUGGGGUUCAUGGAGAACAAUUGUUCCUCUAGUUCUCGGAAUUGCUGGCCUAGUGGUCUUUGCCUGGUAUGAGUGUUACAUGGCAAAGGACCCCAUGAUCCCACAGUCCGUCUUCCAGAACAGGACCACAACCAUUGUUUAUGUCUGCACCAUCAUUCUAGGACUGCUUCUUUGGUGCUUAUUGUACUAUCUUCCUCUAUACUAUGAAGCGGUGCAUGGUUAUACACCAAUAAUUUCCAGUGUUGCGAUCUUCCCAGAGACGUUUACUAUUGGACCAAUAACCACUAUCACCGCACUGGUUGCGAGCAUAACGGGCCAUUACAUAUGGGCAAUCUGGUCAGGCUGGAUGCUUACUGUCAUGGGGAUGGGCCUGCUGUGUUUACUUGAUGUGGACACAGCCAUCCAGCAGUGGGUUUUUCUGAACCUUGUUCCUGGUAUUGGCCUUGGACUCCUGGUAACAUCUAUGGCCUGUGCUGUACAAGCAUCGGUCACAGCGGAAAUUCUGCCAAUUGCAGUAGCAAUGUUUAGUUUCUUCCGAGGAAUGGGCCAAGUUCUUGGAGUUGCCAUUGGGGAGGCGGUUUUUCAAAAUCGCAUGAGAGUCUAUCUCACAAAUGAUGGGCUGCCUUACGCUGAUGUUGAGCUAUUAAGCAGGACCGCAGUUAGUGCUGUGGGUGCUAUCAAGGAACUGCAUGAUGAGACGCUCAAGAGAACUCUGCGACGUGCCUAUACUGACAGUCUGCGCGAUGUGUGGAUCGUCUGUUGUGCAUUUGCUGCAGUUGGCCUUCUGCUAAGCUUCUUUGUUCAAUCCCAUAGUCUCAACAAGAGGCAAAAUACUUGUCAGAGCUUGAGAAAGGACGAUACUUCUGAAAAGUGA